UUCAAGUAGACAGGCUUGAUAUCGUUGUCAAGAAGGAUAAUUUAAACUGUGCUGUCUUUCGUUGGUACGUUGUGUUGCUCUUCUGCCACUUACUUUUUGCUCUGCAUCGAAAACCAGCGAUGUCCGAUGUGCAGUGCUAGUCUCCAAGAGUUGCAGGGUCCCCACCUACGAGUUGACUGUACGAAUGGGAUGUGUCGCUCCAAGCUUUAGAGUUUACGAUGAUUGAACACAUUGUUGACGAUAUGCAGAAGUUUGUUCUUCGGCACUGGUCUAUCUUCUCCUGUCUCUGCCGUUACCACUGAACCCUCAUCGUUCAGUAGUGAAUCUAGCGAACGUAGUUUCGCUAUCACGGCACCGCAUGUGACCCGUGUCUUCUGCCCUCCUGGAUUGGGCUGACAUGACCAAGGAAACGUCUUUUGCCGGCAUUUGGCGUUUUUGAUCUUACUUUAUCGUAGCCAAUUUCCAUACAGAUACAAAAGGUGACCGGGCCUGAACCCCCGUCUGUUACGCCUUUAGUUUUAUGACUAUGCGCUCGCUUGUCCACAGGACACGAGCGAAACGAUUUUGAGUGUCUUCCUCGCUGGGCGUUCGAACCAAGGGACGUCAAAGUCGAAACUCGUUAUUUUUCUUUGGUUUCUUCUUCAUCAUGUGUGGUGCUCUCAUUCGGUAAUACGUUAUCAACAUUCAACCGUAUAUGGACAUUUCACUCUGGGGCGGCCGAUAAGGCUGGCGCCCUCAGGUCUCGCGAACGUUGCACAACCAGCGGACAAACCGGCCUCUUUCGCGAAUGUUUUCGCCACGAUGACAAUGGCUCGAAGAACCAUCUGGUCACUUAUGCCGUUGUUCGGCCUCCUCGGUGCCACAGGUAGCUUCGUUGAAGUUUCGUCCGGACUCGAACGGGGCAGCCUCAUCCUCAAGUCGACCCUCCAUCCCGUCUCGUCCCACCGUGCUGAAGACUCUGAUGACUCGGUGUUGAAAAAUCACACUGCCCCGGAUAAGGGUGCCAUCGCUAGCAAUGAACUGACCUGGCCUUCUCAUGAGUCCUUUGUGGAGCACCAACCUCACAAUCGGAGCCGGCUUCUGCGACUGACACAAGUGCCCAGCAGGCCCCGCUCGCUGACACCUGAUAACGCACGUCAGUUCGGGUCUCCCAGAGACACUACACGUUCGUCCUCUGAAAGCAACGCGGACUCGGAAACUUUGCCCGCCACCAUAUUGGCUUCUGCUCCAUUUGCUGCUUUCCUUGAGGCGUCGCUCAUCCGCAGGCUGUUCAAACGCAAGAAAAAACGGACAUCGGCAUCCAGGAGCAAGAAGAAGAGGACUACAAAAAGAAGGAAGAAGAAAAAGAGAAAUGAAGCACGUGAAGAUGAUUCCGACGACGACCCCCCAAGGAGGCAAACGCGAAGGAACAAGAGAAAAAAAGCGAGAGAGGAAGACGCAGAAGACGACGACGAUGACGUAGAAGAACGAAAGAGACGCAAGAAGAAGAGACAAAGAGCAAGGGAGGAGACUGAAGACGACGACGAUGACGUAGAAGAACGAAAGAGACGCAAGAAGAAGAGACAAAGAGCACGGGAGGAGACUGAAGAGAUAAAAUACGACGACGAGGUAGAAGAGGACGACUGACGCGGAUACUGAGGAUGCUCCACCAAGUGUUCGCUCACGGGGAGAAAUAAAAUGCUAUCCCGCAGCAAUCGAGGAUCUCAAAUCGACGGCAUUUAAAAUGCAAGACGCUCGCGGCUUCGAGGGAGAUGGUCGAAAAGGGACCGUCCAACAACACUGGUGGUGAACCGUUGGUGGCGUCCAUCGCUCUCUUUCCGUGGCCUGCUGGGACCGAUGCCUCAUCACUUUCGAUAACGCCCUUCCUCAUACACAGAAUGAGUUUUCAAACAAGGACUCGCUGUCCAGUCCCACGUGACACUUCCUAACGACGGUCUUCAUCAGCAUCUUGUACCCGUUCCGAUCACGCCAUUUUUAAGAACUUUUGGUUAUGCUUGACCCUGCGACCCCAUUAUGAGGUCGCGUCAAAUUGCAAUGUUAGGUGUGGUAUACAAUGACAUUUCGCCAUGCGCGGCAUCCCAAAAGUGCUUGCACGCUGACGGUCGUCCGCAGGGGCGUUCAUCAAGCACUGGCGAACAGGUGCUAUCAUGUUGUACAACCGCCUCUUGAGGCGCCAUUAAGCGAAAACUGCCAGCUG